GUAACCCCCCCCUGCUACAAAGCGGAAUGUGAACAUGGAGGCUUCCCUGUGACGUUUUCACGCUUCUCUCAACACUACCAACCCGAUAUCCGCCAACAUGACGACGGGCUUCGGCCAUGACCAGAACCUCGAGAAGCAGUUUGAGAAGCAAAUGGGCUGCAUGGCUGGCUUCCUUCACAUCUUCGAUCGCCACCAGAUACUCACCGGCAGGCGCAUCUACUCCACCAAGCGACUUCCCCCCUCCCAUGCGGCGAAUUCGCCUCCGGAACCGCUUAGCUUUGCUGCCUCCCCGGCUAAAUGCAGGGAAGUAGAGGCGCAGCCACCGAGAUCAACACCAUCGCCCGACCGUGUGAAACAGAGUCCCUCCAGGGAGCCCCAGUCUCCGGCCCCCCAAUCUCAAACCAACGUGCCUCUUCCUCUUCCCGUUUUUGAAUUCAAGGAAGGCACGAGGUCUUCGUGGAAGUUCGCCAGAGAAGCUCCCAGGCUAUCUUUGGACAGUAGAGCAGUGGUGGACGCCAAAGGCACGCUACAUCCCAGGGAGAUCCGAACGAGUUCUACAAUGUUAUCGGCCAAUCGAUGUGAGAACCUGGCUGAAGCUGCGGACAGUGAUAGUGAGAAACAGCGUCGAUCGACCAGCGUGAUAGCCAGGCUCAUGGGCCUGGAAUCUUUACCUGAUUCGGAUCCUGAGCCGGUGAAGAAUGCUGAGCUCCGAAGAUCCGCUUCUGAGUCCAGAGUCAGCAGAGAUCUGCUCCAGCAUCGUUACUUUGACAGUAACAAUAUUCAGCGAAAGCAGUUACAGCAGCAGUCAAAUUCUCAGGUUAACAUUUCCAGCAAUGUAUCCAGGGACCAUGCAGCAGCCAUCGACAAUCGUCGUGUAUACAAUAUCAGACGGGCAGAUCCAAAAGAAUUUGCUGUACGAAAUGGCAAGACAGAGCCUGCAAAAGCUCCUCCCAGGGGAAUAGGACAAAAGAAGAGUUUCUUUGAUUCCGCUGACUUUUUCCCCGAGCCAAAGCAUACUGUAUCAAUCUACGGGGAGAUUGAGAAGAGGUUGAAGAUGAGAGGAAUCGAUGAGCCAUCUAAGGAUCUCGAGACUCUCAAGCAUAUCCUCGAGGCUCUGCAGCUGAAAGGUCUGCUGCAUUCCAGGAAAUCAUUGUCUCAAGCUAACCAGAGGAACUUCGUGUUCGACGGGAGCAUCUCAGCGAACGAAUCCCCGAUUGUCGUGAUGAAGCCAGCAAGAUCUCCAACUUCAUGGAAUCGAGCUGGAAGGUUUGGUAGCGACUCUCCACCCUCGAGCUUUCGAUCAAGUCCUCGAGCUCGGGGUAACCUGAAUCAUGCCAACGAGACUCUUCCCACGGUGAGCCCUAGGCGUGAAAGGCCUGAGUUGAAUCGGAAUGCACGAAAUCAAUCCAGAGUCAGAAACUUGAGCUUGCCCACUCGCAGCGAGAGCAGUGUGAAGAGCCCAAGCCGGAACAGGCUAACGAACACGGAGGAACAGAGGAAAGGGAAUGACUCUGUUGGUCAGAGAAGAAUCUCUCCGGUUCAUUCCCCAAAAUUAGGUUCAAGAAGGAAUGUACCCCAUCAGCAAGUGACGAAUAGAUCGCCGAGAAUGAGAAAACCGGUGGCUGAGACUUACGAGAAGGAUAAGGAGUUGAGUAUAGCAGAGGAUGAAUCAUCCACCAUCUCGGAGAGCAGCAUUAGCACGUCUUCGCAGACAGAUACAGAGAGAUGCAAGUUGGAGGAGUACAAGGAAGGGAGAAAUCUAUUGGAGAGGUGUGAUAAGCUGCUGCACAGCAUAGCCGAAAUAACUGCGAGCGAGUUGCAGCCGAGCCCAGUCUCAGUGCUGGACUCGUCUUUUGACAAGGACGAGUGUUCAUCACCAUCUCCAGUCAUGAAGCGGUGCAUUGAUUACAGAGAACAACCCGCCGAGUCAGAGGACGACAUGUGGAGUGCAGCCAUGGGUUUCAUGGGAGGAGCCAAAUCGGAGGAGACAUCCGAGGAUUACGACUUCGUUUAUGUGUCGGAAAUCCUGCGAGCUUCCAAUUACUUGCCCGAAGACAGCGACAUUUUCCUAUUACUGGAAAAGCAGCAGUAUCUCAAGGGGAAUGACACCUCCAAAGCUUCCACCCUCCAAAGAAGACUCAUCUUCGACACCAUACACGAAAUCCUGAAGCGGAAUAAACAACUUCCGCCGUGGAAGGCAAUUUCGUGGAUUGGGCAGACACCGUUGUUGCAGAGAAUAUGGUCAGAGUUCCGGCGGAUCCGAAGAGAGAAGGAGGAAUCAGAGGACUUGUUCGACGUAAUAUGCGGCGUGCUAAGGAAGGAUCUGGCGGAGGACGGCAUGAAUGGAUGGGGAGAAUGCCCAGUGGAGAUGGGCGAGGUGGUUCUAGACAUCGAACGUCUCGUGUUCAAGGAUCUCAUCGGCGAAACCAUACGAGAUCUCGCCCAAUCAUCUAACAGGCUCUCCGCCCUUCGUAGGAAAUUGGUGUUUUGAAAUCGGAUUAGGAAUGCGAGGGAAUGAAGAAAAGCUAAAAUCCCCCGGAAAAAUAUUUAAAAAAAGAAAAGAAAGAAAAGACACCAAAAAAAGAAAAAGAUGAAGAACAAGAAAAGGGGUCGAUUUUGGUUGCGUUGCUCGCUUUUCCUCCGCCUAAUCAUUUUUUAUUCCCUUUUUUAGUGAAGGAAUUAGGAAUUUGGAAGCUGAAAUCUAGGCAGACCGAAGGAUGACUAUUUUAUUUGGGUAUAAAUAAAGAUGGCAUUUACUAUAAUUCUAUGGGGAGUGGCUGGUAAUUGGCCAAAGCUGUGAGUUGUGACCCCCGCCCCCCGGUAUCUCGCCGAAUGUUCCUUUCCAAACGAAUAAUGCGGAAACGCUUCCAUCGCCUUUUUUUUUUAUUGUGUUUUUCAUUCAACCUUGCAUGAAAAGGUUGCAAAAAAAUCCCGAAACUUGUUAGUCGGAAUAUGUUGAGAUUAGAUCUAUCAAUGUCUGUUUACGUAA